AUAAAAACACAAAAACCACCCCUUCAUAUAUUUCACAUUUUCCACUUCUUAGAUAUUUUCUCUUUUCUCUUUGUAUUCUCACCACUUGUCUUUUCACCGUCGGUGGCAUCACGCCGGCUCAUGGAUUCAUACCCAUGUCACCAUUUCUCCACCACGGCGAUUCUUGACAUAAUCCAAGAUAACAAUUACAACCCAUGUUCCAAAAUUGAAGCAGCUAAACAAAUCCGACAACUCACCAAGACUUCACAACGUUGUCGUCGACAAUUCUCUGCCGCAAUCAAACCACUUGUUUCUAUGCUUUGGUCAUCGUCCUAUGAAGCCAAUGAGGCUGCUUUGCUUGCUCUUCUUAAUCUUGCCGUUAAGGAUGAAACUAACAAGAUUAGUAUUGUGGAUGCUGGUGCAUUAGAACCAAUCGUUAAUUAUCUUCAAUUCGAUGACUCGGAUUUGCAAGAACACGCAGUGGCGACAUUAGUCACUCUAUCUGCAUCUCCAGUCAAGAAGUUAGCUAUCGGUGCAUCUGGGUGUAUCCCAUUUCUCAUAAGAAUCAUUGACCGUGGUUCACCGCAAGCCAAGAUGGACGCGAUCGUGGCACUAUGCAAUCUCUCAACUGAGCCCGAGAAUCUUUCAGUAAUCCUUCAAUCUAACCCGAUUCCCUGCUUAGUUGAUAUUCUUAAAACUUGUAAAAAAUCCUCAAAGAUUUCAGAAAGAUGCAUUUCACUUGUGGAGUCAUUAGUUAAUUUUGAUGAAGGUAGAGCUUCUUUAACUUCAGAAGAAGGUGGGAUUCUCGCGGUUGUAGAAGUUCUCGAGAGCGGGUCCCUACAGAGCCGUGAACACGCAGUAGGGACCCUUUUAACUAUGUGUCAAAUAGACCGUUGUAAAUAUAGGGAACCAAUACUUAGAGAAGGUGUAAUACCAGGACUUUUAGAGCUGACAGUUCAAGGAACAGAAAAAUCCCGAACAAAAGCUCACACGUUGCUUCGUUUACUACGUGAAUCACCAUACCAAAGAACAGAACUGGAGGCUGAGACACUAGAGAACAUUUUGAGCAAUAUUAUAUCACAAGUCGACGGUGAAGAACAACGUGGCAAUGCUAAAAAGAUGCUAGCCGAAAUGGUACAAGUGAGUAUGGAACAGAGUUUGCGACAUUUGCAACAACGGGCACUCGUGUGUACUCCUUCCGAUCUGCCUAUCGCCGCUUCUUGUGUAUCUGAAGUCUCUUUCAAGUAAAUGUUGUCGUUUUUUUCGUUUUCGGGGUCAUCUUGGUGUUGGUUUUACUUGUUCAUAAAACAUGUUAUCAUGGGCAUUGUGGGAUCAAAGAUAUAGAUAACAGUAGUCCAAGGAUGUUAAGCCAAUCCAGGCCUUGUGGUGAUGAGGUUUCAUGAGAUUGGUAGGUGUAUUUGUCUUUUUUUUUUUUCUUUUUACAUAGAUGAAUUGAGUGAAAUUCAGGGUAGUGAUGGUCUUCAGGGGCUUGUAAGUUUGUCAUAUAAGGCUGUACACUACACUACACUGUAUUGAUCAAUUUGUUUUAUGGUCCUUUUUCUCUUUUCUAUAACUAAUUCAUAGCCUGGUUUUGUAA